AUGGAUCUAUCAAAAGUACCAAAGACCAAGCCCAUCUCGGCGAAGAAAGCUGCUCGGUAUAAGAAGAUAUUUGAUGAUCCCCGAAUAAUGAAGGAAAUCUUUAAGCAAUCCGAGGCAUCCAGUCGUUGGGCUGAAGAGCUCAUGAUGAAUGAGCGAGCAUCUCAAUGUACCAAGCCAGGUGGAAAUAUUGACGGGGAAGAGGACCAUGAUGUUGAAGAAGAAGAAGAAGAAGAAGAAGAAGAAGAAGAAGAAGAAGAAGAAGAAGAAGAAGAAGAAGAAGAAGAAGAAGAAGAAGAAGAAGAAGAAGAAGAAGAAGAAGAAGAAGAAGAAGAAGAGGAAUUGGUGGCUUCGAAGUAUUUCAACAAGGAAGUUGUCGUGAAUACCAAGGAUCAAGAGAAGAAGAUAGAGGAAUUUGGGGUUGGAGACGAUAUUUCAAAUUCGCUUGUGUUGAGAAAGCAAGAAGAGGGUUUGGUACUCCCGACCAAGGAUGUCACAACCAAGACCAUUCCGACCACCGAGUCCGGAACCAGCGAUGUGGCAGCAUGA